GAAAAGGCACGUAACACACGCUAAGGCCCGUGGAAUCUGUUCCACUAACAUAUUUCGUCAUUAUCUAAUAAGGCAGUCGCAGUUCGUGUUGUUGUUGCGCCGAUCGGCAUUUGAUACGUUGUAUACGCAAAUAAUGUGAUAGUUGUAUGCUAUUAUUAAUAGUGAAUUUUUAUGUUAAUAAAAAAUGGUGUCAAACGCUCAGUGGUUGUUAGUGAUUGGGAUAACUGCAAUACAAUUUUCAGUGUCAAAAACCCAACAAGAGAACUCAGUGCGGGAUAGAGAGAAGCCUCAAACAGCCAAGGAUGUGUUCAAUACGAGCUCCUGCAUCCCUCCACCGUAUAGAUGUCCCCAUCCGAGAAUGCAAUUCUAUUUAUAUACGAGGACAACACAAGAAGAAGGCGAACUACUGAACACCCUGGAUAAUGAUUCCUUAAAAUAUUCCAAAUUUAACCCAAAAUUUCCAACAAAAAUUGUGGUACACGGUUUUGGGGGAGGAAGGAAUUUAUCUCCUAGCACGGACAUGAGAAAUGCCUAUUUCACUAGAGGAAACUACAAUAUUAUUAUUGUUGAUUAUGGAAGUCUAGUCAAAGAACCCUGUCUUGCUCAGAUAGAAUGGGCUCCUCGAUUCGCAAGUCUUUGCAUUGCGCAAAUGGUAGAGUAUAUCCAAUACCAUCCUACCAAAGGAGUGCCUCCGGAGAAAAUUCAUACCAUUGGAUACAGUGUAGGGGCACAUAUACUCGGUCUGGUUGCUAAUCAUCUCUCUGAAGGAAAGCUUGGCAGGAUCACUGGCUUAGAUCCGACGAUCUUCUUCUACAUGGGUAACAACCGGUCGAGAGAUUUAGAUUACACAGACGCAUUAUUUGUGGAUAUUCUUCAUACAGGUGCAGGCAUUCUUGGUCAGUGGGGUCCAAACGGCCACGCAGACUUUUACGUUAAUGGAGGCUCUAGCCAACCCGGGUGUGCUCAUGAUACAAUAUUUCAAACACUAUCUUGCGAUCACACGAAAGUGACGCCAUAUUUCAUAGAAUCGAUAAACAGCCGCGCAGGAUUCUGGGCUGGCCCUUGUCCCACGUUGUUCUCCUAUCUCAUAGGCUGGUGCGAGCCCAAGGAUACUGAAUACGUGCUUAUGGGCGAACAUCUCACGCAUAAAGCGCGAGGCGUUUACUAUGUAACAACAAACGCAAAGCCGCCCUACGCUAGAGGCUUCCCGGGAAAAAGUCGGAGGCUUAGAUCUAUAACACCCUAUAGUUGAUUUCAGCUGUGAUAGUCUAUGUGAUAGUAUAAUAAUAUUUAAUAGGUAAACGACUUGCCUCUUUACGAAUAAUUUAAUACUUUAAAAGUUACCUUUCGUACCUACUACCUACCUCAGAAUUGUAAAAAUCUUCACUAAAACAAUUUAUACACAGUUUAAAUUGAAAUAUACAAUAAAUUCUUAUACUUUUUGAUAGGAUUAAGAAAAUUCAUAUUAAGAAAGUACCUACCUUUAUCCAAAUAGAGCUGCCAUUUUAGUAUUUAUUUUUCUCAUAAAUUUAUACUCAUAAAUUAUGUUGUAUAUUUAUUAAUUUAUUGUAACAUUAUAUCGCGAAAGCCUGGACUAUGUGAUAUGGAAUAAUUAAAUUGGUUCUAGAUUUCAUAUUAAUACCGAAUAAAACUUUUUUGUUUAAAAAAAUAUCAGUAUAUGACAUAGGAAAGGACCCCAUGUCUACAUCUCAACAGGAUUUCACUCUAUUAUUAUAACUGGAUUUGGGUGUGUUGAAAAAUAAAUAUUCGUAAAUAUACGAUAA